AUGAUAAGCUUUAGUGUCAGAAGAAACGUAACCAAGUUCUUGGUGCAUUCCUUUUCCACUUCAAUACUAACAACAUCAAGACCCAACCCAUUUCAUCAAAUCGAAACUCACCUUAAGAAUUGCUCAAAUCAGUAUAUUUUAGAACCUAUCUAUGCUUCAAUGAUAAAAACUAGUGUUCAUCAAGAUUGUUUCUUAGUUAACCAAUUCAUUAGUGUCUGUGGGACAUUUGAUCGAAUAGAUUGUGCUACUUUAGCUUUUGAUCAAAUGGAAGAACCAAAUACUUUUGUAUACAAUGCAUUGUUAAGAACUUAUAGUCAGUGUUCUUCACCUAUUUUAGCCUUAGAGCUAUACUUAAAGAUGUUAAAAAAUCAGGUUUUGCAGACUAGUUUUACUUUUUCGGCUUUGAUAAAAGCUUGUAGUUUAUUGCAAUCUGUCAAGUAUGGAGAAGCAGUUCAUAGUCAGAUAUGGAAGACUGGGUUUUCAUCUCAUGUGUUUGUACAAACUGGAUUGAUCGGUUUUUAUUUAAGUUUGCACAGGAUUAAUGAUUCUCAGAAUGUGUUUGAUGACAUGACUGAAAGAGAUGUUGUUGCAUGGACUAGUAUGAUUAAAGUUUAUGUCCGGAUUGGAGAUUUGAGUUCUGCAAGGAAAUUGUUUGAUGAGAUGCCAGAAAGGAAUACGGCUUCCUGGAAUACAUUGAUCGAUGGUUAUUCGAAGUUAGGGGAGGUUGAUUCUGCUGCCAUAUUGUUUGGUCAAAUGCCAGCGAGGGAUCUUAUAUCAUGGACAACAAUGAUCACUUGCUAUGCGCGGAAUAAAAGGUGUAGGGAAGCAAUACAAGUAUUCGAAGAUAUGAAAAAUGCAGGGUUUAGGCCAGAUGAAGUGACAAUGGCUACUGUUAUUUCGGCUUGUGCACAUAUAGGAGCUCUUGAAUUAGGAAAUGAAUUACAUCGUUACGUAAUGAAUAAUGGAUUCAGUCUUGAUGUUUAUAUUGGUUCAGCAUUGAUUGAUAUGUAUUCCAAGUGUGGAAAUUUAGACAGAUCCUUGGUGAUAUUCUUCAAAUUACGAGAGAAGAAUCUGUUUUGUUGGAAUUCUAUCAUUGAAGGGCUUGCGGUUCAUGGAUAUGGCGAAGCUGCGUUGGAUAUGUUUAGGGGAAUGGAAAAGGAGAAAAUUAAACCUAACGAGGUUACCUUUAUUAGUGUUCUUAGUGCUUGUACGCAUUCCGGUUUAGUAGAAGAAGCACGUGAAAUUCUCCUAAGCAUGACUCAAGAUUAUUCAAUAUCUCCUACUAUUGAACAUUAUGGUUGUGUCAUCGAUCUCCUAAGCAAAGCUGGGCUAAUUGAAGAGGCGUUAAAUCUGGUUAGAAAUAUGAAAUUUGAACCGAAUUAUGUGAUAUGGGGUGCGAUUCUCGGUGGGUGUAAACUCCAUGGAAACUUAGAAAUUGCUAAAGUUGUGGCAGAAAAAUUGUUAUCUUUGGAACCAGAUAACAGUGGGCUUUAUGGUCUUCUUAUCAGUAUGUAUGUGGAAGCAAAUCAAUGGAGUGAAGCUGAAAAAAUUAGGGGGAUGAUGAAAGGACAUGGAGUUCAAAAGAAAUUUCCUGGUUCAAGUUCAAUUGAAAUAGAUGGCAAGGUUGAAGAGUUUGUAGCUUCUGAUAAUUCUCAUCCUUUGUCCGAUGAAGUUUGUGAAGUGUUGGCUGAACUAGAUGGCCAAUUGAGGUUAGCAUUUUCCUACCCAAAUUAGAUGUAUCUUAGGAAAAUGUUGAAACUUUUCCAAAUUGAUCUGGAAUUGAAACAAGGAAACUUGCAAUUAGUACCAUGGGUGCAGUGCCAUAUAGGCUCUCAUUGAAGAAAAAAUGCAAAC